AUUAUAUUAUAUUUUACGAAUAUAUGUUGUCAUUCUUUGCAGCACAAGCAGAAAAGGAGAAGGUUUGGGAUUUUAGAGCGUAUGUGGUUUUGGUUGGUAACUGAAGAGUGUGUGGAGGAAGAAGAAGGAAUCGGCGGUGUUCAACUGACGAUCGCAUCUCAAAGUUUGGUCACGAUCGUUGCUUUGCUUGUUCGACAUUUUUUUCCCUUGUGGUUUUUCUGAGGCAUUUUCUUAGUUGUAUGGUUGUUUGUGUUGUUUUCUCGCUGCUGAAAUUAUAUAUGGGCUAAGGGGGCACUUUUCAUGGGAGGUGUGGAAGAUGAAGAACCAUCCAUGAAACGAAUGAAAUUAUCCUCUAAAGGAUUAGUUGGCUUGUCUAACGGUUCUUCUAAAGAGCCUGUUGGAGGCUUGUCCAGUGACUUGAUGGCUCGGCCCCUACCAUCCAAAGGGGACGAACAUGUUGGUUCCAAAGGGGUUAUAAAGAAAGAAGAAUUUGUCAGGAUAAUUGCAAAGGCAUUAUACUCUCUUGGUUACGGAAAGAGUGGGGCACAUCUAGAGGAGGAGUCUGGAAUACCUUUACACUCUCCUGGGGUAAAUCUGUUUAUGCAGCAAAUACUUGAUGGAAAUUGGGAUGACAGCGUAGCCACAUUGUAUAAAAUUGGUCUGGCAGAUGAAAGUAUGGUCAGGUCAGCUUCAUUCUUAAUAUUGGAGCAGAAAUUUUUUGAGCUUCUAAAUGGUGAAAAGGUCAUGGAAGCGUUGAAGACCUUGAGGACAGAGAUUGCUCCACUUUGCAUUAAUAGUAGUAGAAUUCGAGAACUUUCUUCCUGCUUAGUUUCAGCAUCUUCUAGGCUAGACAUUCUAAGGGUGAGGUCUCGAUCAAAGCUUCUGGAGGAAUUGCAGAAACUGCUUCCCCCUACAGUAAUGAUACCUGAAAAGAGGUUGGAGCAUCUAGUUGAACAAGCCCUAAUCUUGCAACGAGAGGCAUGCCCAUUUCAUAAUUCAUUGGAUAAGGAGAUGUCAUUAUAUUCAGAUCAUCAUUGUGGAAAAGAUCAGAUACCUUCCAGUACAUUACAGAUAUUAGAAGCACAUGAUGACGAAGUCUGGUUUGUACAAUUUUCGCAUAAUGGGAAAUAUUUAGCUUCAGCAUCAAAAGAUCAAACUGCAAUAAUUUGGGAGGUUGGCAUAAAUGGAAGACUGUCUGUAAAGCAUAGAUUAUCUGGUCACCAGAAGCCUGUUUCUUCUGUUUCAUGGAGUCCUAAUGACCAGGAGCUCCUCACAUGUGGAGUGGAGGAGGCUAUUAGGCGUUGGGAUGUCUCUACUGGCAAAUGCCUCCAAAUUUAUGAAAAAGCCGGUGCUGGUCUAGUCUCCUGUUCAUGGUUUCCAUGUGGGAAAUAUAUACUUUGUGGCUUAAGUGACAAGAGCAUUUGCAUGUGGGAAUUAGAUGGGAAAGAAGUGGAGUCUUGGAAAGGACAAAAAACCCUUAAGAUAUCUGAUUUGGAAAUAACAGAUGACGGGGAAGAGAUUCUAAGUAUUUGUAAAGCCAAUGUGGUACUGUUAUUCAAUAGAGAAACAAAGGAUGAGAGAUUUAUUGAAGAGUAUGAAACAAUAACCUCGUUUUCUUUAUCAAAUGAUAACAAAUUCUUGUUGGUUAAUCUUUUGAACCAAGAAAUUCAUCUAUGGAACAUUGAAGGUGAUCCUAAGCUUGUUGGCAAGUACAAAGGUCAUAAACGCGCCCGGUUUAUUAUCAGGUCUUGCUUUGGUGGCCUGAAGCAAGCUUUUAUUGCUAGUGGAAGUGAGGAUUCACAGGUUUACAUAUGGCACAGAAGCUCAGGGGAGCUAAUAGAAGCAUUGGCUGGUCAUUCAGGAUCUGUUAAUUGUGUGAGCUGGAAUCCAGCAAACCCCCACAUGUUAGCCUCAGCCAGUGAUGACCGAACAAUUAGGGUAUGGGGCCUAAAUUGUCUGCACAACAAGUACCAAAAUGUUCACAGCAAUGGCAUCCAUUACUGCAAUGGGGGAACUUAGUAUGACAAACUCAUUCCAAUUGAUUUCUCUUUUUUAUCAUUGCAAUUGUGUAAAUACCGUUACUAUUAUCUCAAGUGGACCAUUCAUGCCAAACAUGCAUGUGACUUUUCAUAUAUAUAUCUCAUAAUAAAUCCGUGUUCCAUUAAUGUCAAA